AUGCUUGACAAAUUGGUCACAUUGGCGGCUUGCAAAAACUUUUGUGGCCUGGAGAAUGCGGCCACGAUUCACUACACUGAAGAUAUUGACUUGUACCUCGGAGCGAGUUGUGAUCAGGAAGCCCACACAAUCUCCCGACUGGCCGAAAGAUGGGAGCGCGCCUAUAUCACAAAUUAUCCGAUCGACUUGAAGGAAAAGGGGAACACGACGACGAUCGUCACGCGAAAUUCGAGUUUUGCCAUCAGUCAGGCUCUAGGAGCAUUGGCCAAGCACUUGAAUUGGACCAGGAUGGCGCUCGUGCAUUCCGACUCCUUCCACACGAUGGCGAAUGCCAUAUCAAAAACAUUGACUGCUGAGUAUGAUAUUACCAUAGCCACGAUAUUUCCCCAUCAUUCGGACGGUGGCCUGAAUGUGAUGGAGCAUUUAGCUCGGGCCGUCGUCUUCUUCGGCACCUUUGUCGAAUACACCAAAUUCUUGCUGAAAGCCGCUGAAACUUUUACCGCUCUUUCCGAAUUCUCCAUCCUAUUUAUUGAUUUUUAUGACGUCGAGCCAAAUCGUUUCUAUCGAUUGGCGGCGAACUUUGCUUUGCAGCACGAGAAGCGUUCGAAAUUGAGGAUAUUGUUAAGGAAUACUUUACUGUUAACGGCCCCCUUGAAUAUGCUGAAAAUUGUCGACCUGUUGGCUGCUGAAUACGGGGUCCAAAAAUCCAUCCCAUUCCAAGAAACGCUGCUGAUCUGCGAUUUGCUGCAUGCUGGGUUUGGGCUGGAUGAGCCGAAAAAUCGGUCAUAUCACGGCAGCCUUGGUCAUUACUAUCUCUCCGAGACUGGGAUCGUUUUGCCGGACUACGAAAUUCACUGGUACGACGGAACGAAUCAGACCCUGAUGGCCACGAUUUUCGGGGUGGAUCCCGUUGGCAGUAUGGCAAUGGAUGUCCGCGACGAAAACCCAUACUGGACAGCACAAGUCCCGCCAAGCCUUCCGAUCUGUGGUUUCGACGGUGGAUCGUGUAGCAAUCGACUAAUCUACCUCGCUAUCGCCUGUAUCGGCGUUGUUUUGGCCUUUCCACUAACCUUCGCCUGGUACUUUAACCAGAAAGAAUACGAGCUUCAGAAAAUGGUCUGGCGGGUCCCGCACGCCGCCAUAAGGCUGGGAGGGUGCACGGAAUUGCUGAAUUCUUCUACCAGUGAAAAGCUGAGAAUGUCUUCAUUUCGUACCAACUCGGUUGCUUAUUCGACGAGUGGAGGGUUGAUUGGUGAUCACUGUCAGACGGGGAUCGUUUUUGGCAAAAAGGUUACCGUCAAAUCCUAUAUACAACGACACCUGAUCGAUAUUUCUAGGGCUGAUAUGGGCUAUUUGAAAGAGCUCUACAACCUCAGCCACGCCAACAUCAAUCAAUUCGUUGUGGAUAGUUAUUGGGUUGUCAAGUUGACGGAUUUUGGGAUAAGAAGAUUUAUAAACGAGAAGGUGAAAGAAAAAUACAUUUUUGAGCCUCCAUUAAUCGCUGCAGAGCUUCCAAGACGAUUCCUCCAACAUUCUCCAGAAUUCCUAAGGGAACUAGUCACUACUACCGAAUUGCCAGUAGGAAAUCAUCAAACCGAUAUCUAUCAGCUUGGUAUGAUCAUCUACCAAAUUUUGUUCCGAAAGGUCCCUUUCAACGAGCAUCGACAGCCAAUCGAAGAACUAAUUCAAAAAAUCAUCGACCCAGCCCUGGCGAUACCAUUUCGCCCGGCGGUGCCAGAAGAUACUGAGCAUACCUUACGGUUGAUAUCGAUCAUCCAGCAGUGCUGGAUCGUCAGAGCAUGUCAGCGCCCAACCUUGACCAAAAUCCAGGAUGCCGUUUUGAGAGAGUUUGGAGCUGAAGGUAAAGGCACACUAAUAGACUCGAUGAUCGCGAUGGUGGACGAGUACUCGAAUCACCUAGAGAAUAUCGUGGAGCAGCGAACGGAAGAAAUCCAGACGUUACAAAGCAAGACUGAGAAUUUGUUGUAUCAACUGUUGCCAAGAACCGUAGCAGACAAUCUUCGAGAAGGAAAGCCAGUACCGCCGGAGCUUCAUCAAUCCGCUUCCCUCCUUGCUGUAGAUGUCGGAGAUUUUACAGUAUUAUGCGAAGAUUCUACUCCUUUGCAAAUUAUUGAAAUGCUGAAUAAGCUCUAUGGCAGAUUUGAUUACAUUGUUGAACAGCAUAGAGCGUUCAAGGUAGAAAAUGUUGGCGAUGCCUAUCUUCUCGUUUCUGGCAUCCCAAAAUUGGACCAUCAACGACAUUUGGCUGAAGUCUGUAAGCUGGCGUUGAAAUUUCAACAGUACGCCUUAAACGACUACCGUAUCCCGCAUCAUCCAGAAAAGAAAUUGCGCCUGAAAAUGGGGAUCCACACCGGGCCGCUCGCUAGUGGGAUACUGGGAAUAUCAGCGCCUAGAUUUUGCGUCUUUGGCGAUACGGUAAAUAUGACUUUUCGGAUGGCGGCUACUUGCGAGCCUGAUAAAAUUCAGCUGAAUGAAAGCACAGCUCGACUCAUCCAAGACCUGUUCCCAAAAAUUAUUGUGAAAGAAAGAGGCGUUAUCGAUAUUAAAGGAAAAGGGAAACAAACAACGUAUUAUUUAAUUGAGGAGUCGAAA